AUGUACAACGGGCCUCUGCGUCUGUCGAGACUCAUCGCAGCAACGUGUGUCCGAAGUGAGCUCGACGAAGUGGCAGAGUCAAUCCACUUCCAUGAGCAGGAGAAGGCUUUUGCAGUCAACAUAAAGUAUACAUACUCCGAAGCUACACGAGACGUCACUGGAUCCAUUCAACACUCCGGCGCGUGGAUAGACGUCCGGCAUAUACUCAAUGCGGCCACAUCCGAUACAUCUUCGACUCCUCGUCUCCCUUCUGCCCGGUUACAGCUCGCCCAUUCCGACGUCAGACGCUGGCAACUCGCUCUCGGAUACGGACGACUCCACAGCGUCGCCAACGGUCUCUUGGUCGACCGGGUCCGAAACCUUCCUUUGCUUACCUCUGUAUGUACGGACUGUGGUGACCGACACAUCACUUUCUACGCCGACUUCGGCCUAUUCGGCCUCGUCUACGGCGGACUUCACUGCGUGGCAUGGAAAGCCCCGUUUGUUUCUGACCUCGAAAGAGUUCUCUGGAGGGUCUCCAGCGUGGCCAUUGCGUGCACCACCUUCUUGUUGGUUUUUUUGUCAGUCUGGACCAAGUUCCCGCCCUUUUGGUUGAAGCCGGCGAAGACCUUGGAUCUGAUUGUGGAGGUGUACGAAGCUCUUAACUUGUUCUAUGGUGGUAAGAUUAUGAGGGUGCUGGAUAGAUUGGCGGGGAUAAAUCGUUGGGGGGGGCAGGGGCAGACGCGGAAGGCGGCACCCAAAAUUCACUUCAAGCGGCGGAGCGGAAGCGGCAGAUGGAAGGACGGGGCAGAUUUGAGCUUUUCGCCAUGA